UCACCGGAAGCCGGCUCUUCCGGUACCGUGUAGUCUUCCCAGAACCCUCAGCGAGAACCGGCUGCCUAGUAGGCGGACAGAAAUGGACUCCGAACUCAAGGAAGAAAUUCCUGUGCAUGAGGAAUUCAUUUUGUGUGGUGGAGCCGAAACCCAGGUUCUAAAAUGUGGGCCCUGGACUGACCUCUUUUGUGAUCAAAGUGUCAAAAGGCCUAAGCUGCUUAUUUUUAUUAUUCCUGGUAACCCAGGUUUUUCUGCCUUUUAUGUGCCAUUUGCAAAGGCUUUAUACUCUUUGACAAACAGACGCUUUCCAGUUUGGAUUAUCAGUCACGCUGGGCAUGCACUGGCUCCAAAAGACAAGAAGAUUCUUAAAACAUCAGAGGAUUCAAAUGCUCAAGAAAUUAAGGACAUCUAUGGCCUGAAUGGACAAAUAGAGCACAAACUAGCUUUCCUGAGAACUCAUGUGCCAAAGGACAUGAAGCUUGUGCUCAUUGGCCAUUCGAUAGGCAGCUAUUUCACUCUUCAGAUGCUGAAGCGAGUCCCUGAUCUCCCGGUAAUCCGUGCCUUUCUUCUCUGUCCAACGAUUGAACGAAUGUCUGAGUCACCCAAUGGCAGAAUUGCCACUCCACUUUUGUGCUGGUUUCGAUAUGUUCUCUAUGCUACUGGCUACUUAUUAUUUAAACCAUGUCCUGAGAAAAUGAAGUCCUUCCUAAUCAGAAGGGGCCUUCAACUAAUGAACCUGGAGAAUGAAUUUUCGCCAUUGAAUUUAUUAGAACCAUUCUGCCUUGCUAAUGCUGCCUACCUUGGGGGCCAAGAAAUGAUGGAGGUGGUGAAGAGGGAUGACGAAGCCAUAAAGAAGCAUUUAUGUAAGGGAUUAGAAGACUAAAAUGGACAAACAGUAGAUGAAAUCCAUUUCCCAGAAGCAGCUCUACCUGUAUGUCCCAGUCAACUACAUGGAUGGUCUUUGUGAAAGUUUCAACUUCCUACAGUUACCUAGGGCUCAGCGAUUGCGCCUUGACGACUGCCCAUGUUUGUUCCUAGUCUGUUCUGAGCCACAGGAAUCUCCACGAGCCCUCCAUGGCUUGUGUGGCCUGAUAUCCAUGGCCACCAAGGGCCUCUCAUCAUCUGCUCCUCCACUCAACCUUUGGAGAGCCAGGGACCAUCAAAGUCUUGAUUUUUCUUCAUCCUACAUUAUAUUCAAAACAAAAACAGGCUGAGUGCCAUAGCUCAUGCCUGUGAUCCCAGCACUUUGGGAGGGAAGAUCAUUUGAGGCUAGGAGUUUGAGACCAGCCUGUGCAAAAAAUGAGACCUCUGUGUCUAAAAUAAUGUUUUUAAAAGAGCAAAAAAAAAAAUUUUUUUUUCAGAGGAGACUAAAGAGACAUGACAAUUUCACAAAACAUCUGAUUCAGAAUUGGAUGUGUUUUUAUAAAAGAUGUUGUUGGGACAAUCUGCACAACUUGAAUGAGGCCUGAAGAUUUAGCUGGGAGUAAGAUGCCACUGUUAAUUUAUUGAUUUCAGUGGUUUUACUGGGGAGAAGUAAGACAGUGUCCUCGUUUGUACUGGAGACACACUGAGGUAUCUGAGGGUGAGGGGCAGCAGGUCUGUUUACUGGCAGAUGGUUCAGAGGACAAUAAUGUUCUUUAUACUUGCAGAUUUUUUUGGAAGUUUGAGAUGUUUUAGAAUUUGUCACAAUAAUUCUUUUUAAACCCCACCGUGCUCUCUCCCACGCCAGUGUCUCAUUGCUUCUUUUCCAGGAAGGCUAUUUAUUCUUCUAGGCAGUAGAUGAAGACCUAGGUUCAAAUCCCAGAUCUGUCAUUUGUUAGGUUUGUGAUGUAAGACUUCACCUCCCUGAGUCCCCUCAGCUCCUCAUCUGUGAAUUUGGGAUAAUAUUGAUAUUCAGCUCAGUUUUUUAUUUGGGAAAGUUUUUUUGUUGUUUUUUAAAUGGAGAUAAAAUGAGGCCAUCAUACAGCAUUUAGUACCUUGCCUGGCAUAUGGUAGAUGCUCUAUAAAAUGGUACCUCAAGGAGGAUAGCAAACUUGUUUUUCCUUUUUUUCUUUCAUUUAUCUCCUCUUUGGUAUAGCGGAGGACCCUGUGGUAUCUUAGUCCCUGCACUGUUUCACGAGGCCUGUAACUUGAUUCUAGCAGUCAGCAUUUUGGCUCUUACACAGGGAUAAUGCUUGUUCAACUGGCUCAGCUUUCUGGACUCGGCCCAUGUGGGCCUCCGUACACACAGCCCAUGAUGUUCUAACAGUCCGUUUAGAAAAGAUGCAGGAAGAAAAGCAUCUCUUAGAUGGCAUCAGACAUCUUUGUCCUUUGCCUUCUCUUGCAGAAGAGGAGAGGUGAUGAUAUAUUUGGGCUGUUCCUUCCCUUGGGGGUGGGCCUUAAGGAUAGGUUGCAGUCUGGGACUGAGUGUGUUCUGUGGGACCUUGAAUGAAGCUCUUCUGCAAGAGUGCUGAGGACAGCAAAGUUUGUAUGAGUGUUCUUCUAAUCACUUUUUAAGAGGAUUGAGAUUUCUUGCCUGUGCCCCAUACAGACAUGGGUAAGUGCUCACAUUGGCCCAGGUGGGGAGUAGCUGUGGGACGUGGAUCUGGCCCCUCCCACCAGGCUGAAGGCAUCUCUCUACAACAAGACUGGUGUCACCAAGAGCGACGCUGGGUGAGCAUCCUCAGAUCAUGAGCAAGGGCCAAGCUCUGGGUGGUUCUGUGGUUCUGUAAGGGGCUCUAUAAAGAGAAAGCUCUUGGAAGAGAGAAGAGGAAGAGGUUGUCCCUAGUCCUACAAGGACAGGUAGAACUUGAAUAGGUGGUUUGGAAUAGAUGAGAGCUAAUCCAGAUAAGGAGUCUGCUGCUUACCCCUGCACUUUCAGUGUCUCGCUUAGGCCCCCUAGUCCUGUGAUGUUCUGACUAUGCCCAUUUUACAGAUUACCACCGAGAUGCCUUGCUAUGGAUCUCACAGCUAUUGGAUGACAGAGCUGGGAUUCUGCUGUAGUUGCAUGUGUCCUCCAAAGUUCAUGUGUUAGAAACUUAGUCCCCAGUGCAACUGUUGGGAGGUGGGGCCUAAUGGGAAGUGUCUGAGUCAUGAGGGCUCUUCCCUCCUGAAUGGAUUAAUGCCAGUGAUAAAAAGGCAUGAUAUAAGGCUGCAAGUUUGAUCUCUUCUUCUCUCAUGCUCUCUUGCCCUUCCACCUUCUGUCAGGGAGGAUGCAGCACAAAGGUCCUCACCAGAUGCCAGCCCCUCGAUCUUGGACUUUCCAGCAUUCAGAACUAUAAGAAAUAAAUCUCUUCUUUAUAAAUUACCCAGUCUCUGACAUUCCAUUAUAGCAACCAAAAAUGAACUAAGCCAGAUUCCAUUUCAGGCCUCUACUCCAGAGCCAUGGCUUCAUUCUCUCUCUCCACUGCAUGGUGCUGCCUCAUGGAGGCCACCAUGGGCAAGCCUAGCAAAAGUGGAAAGCCAGGAGAGUUAUGCAAAGGGCAAAUGAGGACCCGAUUGGCAGGGAAAGUGAAGAGUAGAUAGUUGGUAACAAAUGAGUAGUUGUAAAAGAAUGAAAGCUAUAACAGAGACCAGUUUUCAGAGGGGGAAAAAAUGCAUCAGGCAGUAGAUUGAGAGAAAGCAGGCCCACAUGCCGGGAGCCAGUGCUGUGGCUGCAGUCACAUGGCCAGCACCUCUGCAACUCUUCCAUAACCACCUGCUCUCACGCCAGGCAUGGGGACUUCCUGUGGGCUCCUCUGUACGGAAAUCACUGCUCCAGCUUUGAUGACGCCCAUUCUCUACCCCACCCCAUGAAAUGUGGCCCAAAAUUCCGACUGCUCCUGCCUCCCAGAGCAGUCCCUCCCACCCUACCAUUCCCCGCAGGCCUUCAUGACCCCUGGCCUGGCCUGUGUCUGCUGAAUGACUUAUCAUUGCUGCGGGAAUUAUGUCUCUGCAGGCUGCUCCUCCCUGCCUCCACCAACACCCCUUCCUUCAGGAAAGUCCUAGAAGAUGGACUUCUGUCUUAAUCAUCUCAGUACUGUCAGGGCGUAUCAAAUAGGGCUUGCUACACAGGGUCGUCUAUAAAUUUUGUUAUCUAAAUUAAUAAAAAGUUUCUACCAUACCAUUCUAGGCAGGCUCUCAAAAAGAGCAGUUCUUACAUUGGGUCAGACUAUCAGGAAAUCACAUCUCAGGGCCUCUUCAUCUUAAAACUGACAUGUUAGUGGGAGUACAGAUAUGGACACUUGCUAUUCUAUCCCUUAAGUGUUUCCCCAGCAGAGCUGUGCACAACUGGGUCAGUUAGAUUCAAGGAUGUCUGAAUCCUUGCAGACUGUUUGCGUCUGGCACUGGGGGACUGCAGGAAAGCAAGGCCACUAUCCCUUGUAUCCCAUUCAUUUUGUCUGAUAUGGCUGCAACUGUUACUUCCAUUCUUCUACAAUUAGAAAACCUCUGGAGUUUGGGUAUUAGCAACUACCAAAUAUGUAGUUUAUUAUUUGUUGAGCACUAACCCCUCACAGCACCCCAAGUGGGAAUUAGAACAACAAUAUGCAAGACUGUGCUCUGGGAUAAUCGAGCAUUUUCAUUUGGUGUUGCAUUCCUCAAACAUUCUGGCAAAGGGACCUGUGCUGACCUCCCCACAUUGGGAUAGAUUUCCUUGCUGGGUAAGUCUAUGGGAAAAUUCCUCUUCCCUGGGAUGGGAAUGUGACCCUAUGACUGGGCGUCCAUUACAGCCAGGGGGCGCGGUGCACCUGCAGGGUCUCCCUCCCUCACAGAGGGACUAGAAUCCCGCCUCUGCAAAUCCACCCGGCUCAGGCUCUGCAGAACAUCUGGGCUUCCUCCUACUGGCCACUGUGAAGGGCUGCGCACCUGCAUGUGAUUAGGACUCAGCAGACACCCACAGCCUAUAGGCCUGCAUGCUGGUGGCACAUCGCAGUGGACAAGUUUCUCCCCCGAUCACUGUCCCUUCUAAGCAGAUGAGUCACAGAGUUCCUAGGGCACAGGAGCCCAUGCAUCCAUGACCACAUUGGAUACCACCCUCAAUGGAGCAGUGGUUGGAGGCAGUUCCAAGCAGUCCAAGGCUUUUGCCUUGGACUGUUUGGAAAUGAGCAGGCAGCAGAUCCAGGACCUGACAUGGCCAGGGAAGGAGUGGAGAAGUCUAUCUUAGCCUUCUUUACCAUCAGUCAUAGAUGGGCCUUUUAGUCUUGCUCUUAUCAGUGUCUGGGAAAUUGGAUAAAAUUUUAAAUGCCACUCCUGACUUACCUUUCUCCCUGUAACUACUCCUCUACUGAAUGUGUACUCUAACCACAGAAUGCUGAGGUAGGUCAAAUGGAGGCUGAAAAAUAAGAAAAUGAAAAAUGGACCAAAGAUGCUUAUAAACAAAGCAUGAGAAGACAUUACAGUUUUCAGUGGCAGGGUCGCAGAGCUUACGCAUUUAUUCUACCUGCCAAAUGAGUUAGUUGAAAAGGGAGCACAAUUUUCCUUCCAGUGGAAGAGACUCCUUUAUUUACUAAUAUGAAAUAGAGCAGUGAAAAGAAAGCAGGCCUUCUUGAUCUUUCACCAGAGAGAGAAAGUCACGUGACCAUAGGGACCUUCAUUAACAAACUGUGGGAAAUUUGAUUCACCAUGAACAUGUGCUGCCAUCACUCAGGAAAAGGUGGGUCACUCCAGCAGGCUCCAUCUCCCAAAAGAGGUAAUCCUGGCAACAAGUCACUAAUAAGCCCAAGUCCCUGACACCUUCCUACAACUCCUGCUCUGUCAUCAGUCCUCUCCCAGAAAUAUUUAAGGACCACGGGAAAUAGAUUUCUCCUUCAUCUGUAGGCGAAAGUCAAGUGCGAGAGCUGGGCUGGCAACAGCACACUGUGUGGCUGAUCCUAUCCUGCUGGAUCCUUCGUGGUGACACCGGGCACAGGCUUUUGUACUUAUCUUGAAGAGUACUGGGCAAAAAAAGGCCUGUCAAAUUUGCUGUAGGACCUUUUUGGGUUCUGUGAAGUAUGUGAUUGGCCUUGCAGAGGACGCUGCUUCCAUGGGACUUUACGCCUUGGGAUUUCAGAGACUUAACUAUGCAGCCUCCAGGUGGGGAGGGCUCAUCUUUCUCAAGUGAGAUGGGUCCUGCAGCAGCCUGCAAUGUAUAAACACAGAAACUCUGUCUGCUCAAACUGCAUUUGCAAUGACAGUGCUCACUCUACAAAUUAUCAUGGUCAUUUCCCGGAGAGAAAAUGUUUGGGCCUCCUUUCCUGAACGCAAGCUACAUGUUUUCUACCUUGCUGUGCAGUGACUUCUUGCCCUGUGAGGCUGUAUGCAGCAGCAUGCUAUGCAGUUUCAUACCAGUCACCAAGACCCGGGAUGCAGCCCCCCAGGCCUGAGGCCCCCAGCCUCACACCUGAUCUCACAACAUGGGAAUGAUCGGCACAAAGACAAAUGGAGCCAGGCCUGCUAUGUCACCCCCACUGUUAAAAUAUAGUCAGUCCUAUUCUGUCAAUGAGUUGAGGAUUCCAGUAACACAGAAAGGCUGAGUAACAAAAGCUGAAAAUGUUUUCCUUUAAAGACCAGUCAUGAGCAAUUUUAUGAAUAAAAUAUUUAAUCAGCUUAUCUGUACAAAAUAUUAAAGUGGUUAAUGAAGAGUAUACAAGCAUGUUUAACAAAUAUAUACCACUAUAUAAUAGUUAAGAAAAAUAGAGAUUGCUGUUUUACAGGUCAUUUACAUUUCGCUAUGUACAAUCUAUUUAAAUUUGAGAAUACAUAUACACAUAGGUUUCUACCUGCCCUGGUAGGGCUCCCUGCUAGCUGGCCUGGGCAUCAGCAAUGCUUCACGAUGUCGUUUGCAUUGCCCAAAUAAAUGCCAGGCCCGGCAACUAGGAGACAGCUCAGCCUGCCAGCCUUGGAACUCUGCUCUGGCUACAGCAGAGCUGGAAGAGUGCUGACAAAGGAGGUUUCGGUUUGCCUUAAAUGAGUUUUUAAUGUCCCCCACACCCCAGACUCCUUACUCCCAAGCCAAGAAAAAAUGGGUGUCACUGCAAAGUGAAAGGACUUCUGUCCCCUCACCCAAAUAAUUCAUUUUGUCUUUAGCUGCUGAGGGAAUGGCGUGUUGUUAAGCCUUGAUGGCAUUACCAGCACUUUGAGUUUUAUCAUUUCCUUAAAAUCACAGUACUGGAAUCAGAUGACAUUUGCUUUUUAAGCUGCAGGCCACUCGUCACGUGCAGAAUUCCGCUGCCCACCCAAGGCCUGCUUAAACAACAUCAUUUUGUAAGCUGGUGCAGGAGCUCUGCAGUGGCCUUUACAGAGAAACGAUCUGCUGCUUUAUUUGUAUACAAAAAGAAAAAAACUCUGUCCAAACUUUUCAGAAUCCCCUAUUGUCAUCUGCUGAAAGGGCAAGUUGGAACUAGCAUGUUAAUCCUUGUAAAAAAUGCAUUAACUUUUCAUUUAGGGUGAAAUACUGCCAGCUAAAAGACCUAAAGUGACUCAAUUAUGAUUCUUUGUCAAAGAAAACAUAAAAGCUGUUUGCAUUACAGUGUAAAGUCAAAUACAAAAAUAAAAUUAUUCUAAGGAUGCUCAUGUUUAAUCCAUGAUUUAUCCGAGGCAGAGAAUGCCAGAGAAUUCCUCUCUUGAGAGUCUCUGUUCCUGGCUUAGAGCACUUGAGUAUUUCCCCGCCAAAACACAUUUUAUCCUGAGCUUUCUUUCUUGCUGAACUGCAUCAUCAUUUUCUAAACAGAAUGCUGAAGGGCUGACUUUGAGUCUGACAGGCCCUGACCCAGGAAACCAGCCCUGCUUGUGGGAAGCCCCUUCCUCAAACCAGCCUGUUCACCCCAAGUCCAGCAGCUGACCCAGGCCAGGGGAGGAUCCAGGACACAUGUGCAAUGGCAGCCCUCAGUCGCUCAGAGAUGAAAAGGUGCAGGCAAGGGGAGGCCCUCAACACACCUGGUCACUGCUUUUUGGCCACAUACACCAAAAAAAUCCAAGCAUGGGCUGCCCAUAGCCCAAGAGAGGUCUCCUCGGGAUGACCUGUGAGUACUGAAAAACAGAGGAAACGUAUGUGCAGCUGCACCAGCUCACCAGCCGAGGUGCUGUCCCUUCCCAUCUUACAGCUCAGGAAAUGUCCUCGAGGGAAGUUUAGCCCCGUGUGCCUCAGAUUUGUUCCUGUUUCCUUCUAAUUCAGCAGGAUGCCUGUGAGGGAACCUUAUCGGAAGUCUCGUUUUAGUCAGCCAAGGGUCUAGAUUUUGGCAGCCAAAGGUCUGGGCAGGAGCUAGAUGCAGAACUGGGUGUGGCUAUUGCCACUGCUGGUCAGAUGGAGCAGGGCAGGUAUUCUGCAAAAAAGACAGCCUCUUGCCCACCUCCUGCCGGGCCAGAUCUCCAACCCUACUGCGCGGCACUCCUGUUGGCCCACAACUCAAAAGGUAAUGAGACAGGAAUGCAGAGGCAAAGCAGCUGGCCACGCCCUGAACGCUCUGCCGGAAGUGGCCUGGGUGUGACAGUCAGAAGUUUCUCCUUGUUUUUCUAGACACUAUUUCAGCAUCCCUUACGGACACAGAAAAGGGACUAAAAGUUUCUGCAAGCAUUUCUAAACGAGCAGAAGGAAAUUUGUCUGACAAAGAGUGAAACUGUACUUGUAUCAUCACACCAAGCUGUCCUGCCAACAAAUUCACCUGACUGUGCGAAACACCUCCCUCCGGAAGCUUCUGCGACCCCUGCAGCCCUCUUGCCACUGUCAGGGAAACGUGUGAGAGAAAGCAGCCCUUUCUGUUGUCACAGACACACGCACCACGCACAGAUGCUGAAGAGGCCAGCAGGCUCUGCACAGGCAGGAGGAAGUGGGCCAUCGCACGCUGCUCUAAAGGUGUAUUUUUACUUUUUCAGCAACUGUGAGCAUAACUUGAAACUCAGCCUCAUUUUUCAGUGACUUCACACCCACUUUUCAAUGACCACCCAUCCUAGGUUGCUCUGCUGUAAUUGCUCCUGCCGCCAUGAAGCACCAGCCCAAACUCUGCCCAGCCAAAGGCCUGUCGCCAGGUUGUAGACCACAAGCCAAGCUCUGGUGAAGGUGAGUACCUGCAGGUCAUGGGCAGAGAGCACCCCUGAAUGACAAUCAGAGCUCAUGUGGCAACUCCUGGGCCCUCAAUCACCCCUCUGAUUCAUUAAGCCAACUUCCAACCCUCUCCCUGCAGCCUGUGUCCAGCAGGUGUCUCCUCAGGCUAGGACAGUGACCCUCCUGAAAAGAACAGGCUUCUCUCACCACAGCCUCACCCUGGGUUCCUGUUUGUGAUGUACUAAGCUGUGGGCACAGAGUAAAGUCCAGAACGGCACACAGGGAGGAAGACAGCUCUGCUCCAGCCUACAUGGUCAGGAGGCUCCAGAUGCAAGAUGCCAGGCUGUCUGAAAACUUGGAAAUAAACAUCUUUUGGGGUCCUCC